UCAGCCUGGGCAGGCUGUCUCACACAUUCCAGGGUUCACAUUCAUAAACACAGUCUGUGAACAACAGUGCCAACACCUCCCACCGUCGAGUAAGCAGCUGUCCCCAGAGAUGCGGGGUCCCCGCGGCCAUCUCCUCUCACCAGGGCAGCUGCCCAUCAUCGCCAAGAAUAAACUCCAGCUAGUCGCUGCGUGGAUCUGAAUCAUCUGAGAGCUUCCAAAGGAGGGGAGUGACUACCCAGGACGCACAAGCAGACUAUAUAAGUUCCCAAGGGUUGGGCCUCACGCAGAUCCUUUCCUGUGGCUACUGCCUGCCAGAGAGCUACCAACAGCGAGCUUGCUUGGCAUCCAACAUGUCCGAGGCUGGCACUCCUGAAGGCCCCAUCAAGAAGAAGCGGCCCCCUGUGAAGGAAGAAGACCUGAAGGGGGCCCGAGGGACCCUGGCCAAGAACCAGGACAUCAAGUCUAAGACAUACCAGGUCAUGCGGGACUACGAGCAAGCCGGCUCAGCUGCCCCAUCUGUAUUCAGCCGCAACCGCACAGGCACCGAGACAGUCUUUGAGAAGCCCAAAGAGGGACCAGCCAAGAGCGUGUUUGGCUGAGACAUGCACAUUGCACCAUCCACCCGGACACAGGAGCCUCCCCACGAACUUUUUUUUUUUUGUAAUGCUGGAAGAUGCCUUUCCUCUGCUGUCUCUUGAACCAUCAUGACUCCCACAACCCUAGCCCUUGGAAACACCAAUAAAGAGUAUGCCCAAUGUCCCCAACCUUGGGACGUUGCCAUGGCCGCUACCUGCAGAAGAGAGGGAAGUGUGGGGACAUAGCAUAUCUGGUGCCCUUCCUGGACUCUGAGGUGGGACAGGGAAUAAUGUGUGUGCUCUCAGAACCACUGAGGUGUUCCAGGCAGAGCCUUAGCCGUGGAGUCCUGGUGCGGACUUUCUGAUGCGUGUAGGAGACAGUUCUUCCUAAAUCUCUGUUUUAGGCUGGGAAGAUGGUGCCAUAGCUAAAAGUACUUGCCAUUUCUUUAGAGGACUCUGGUUCAGUUCCCAAAUAUCCUCAUGGUAGCUCAUAACCAUUGAACUCUGCCACCCUCUUCUGGCCCCUGCGGGCAUUGCAUUACGUGUGGUAUGCCUGUAGUCAAAAUACUCACGUACCUAAAAUAAAAAUGAAAUGGAAAAGUAA